AUGUCUGAUGAAAUGAGAAAUCCAUUUAUCAACAAUACGCCUAGCUCAUCACCUAUAAAACCAAAGUCAGCAGGCUCUCACAAGGUUUCAAAGAGGCCUGUCUCUUCAUCCUCCUUGUCAGCAUCGUCCGUACACUCGUCACCACUCAGAAGACCAUACGCAACUGCCAAUCUAGGGUAUACAGAUAGAUUUAUUCCUAAUAGGACUGACAUGGAUCUGAACGCUGUGAUUUCCAUAGGCCGCCCCGCUACCCUCCCCAGACUGGCGCCUGCCAAUUCGGACAAUCAACUUGAGUUCAAAAGGGAACGGCAAGCACACGAGACCUUUGAUGCAGUACUCAAAAAUGAAAUAUUUGGCGAAAAAUUAGGAAGAGACUCUAAUGAUAAUGAGGACAGCAUCGACAGAAUCAAGUACACAAGCUCAUCCACGUACGAAGAGCCGAGUACUCCACCGCGCUCCCGCGAUUUACCUGAUAGAGGAUCUUUCACUUCACCUUCACGCUCCGCUCCAAUCACUCCUAGGAAGUUGACUUUUGAUGAUUAUCAGAAGCCCAGCAGUAACAGUGUUCGCGGUGCAACCCUUUUGACAUACCGCGAGCGAAUGGCUACAAGGCCAUCCACUGCAUCAAUAAUUCAAAAUCAGUACUUCAACUCAACUUCGCCGGUACGACCAGACUCUAAGAAGCUUCUGCUUUCGCCAGGAAAGAAAUUAAGGGAAAUAGCGAAGGUACCGUACCGUGUCCUUGACGCCCCUUCUCUGGCAGACGAUUUUUAUUAUGAUCUUAUAGAUUGGUCAAGCACAGAUGUUCUUGGAGUAGCGUUAGGGAAGUCUGUUUUUCUGACAGAUAAUAAUACGAAUGAGGUAGUUCAAUUAUGUGAUACCGACAAUGAAUACACUAGUUUAAGCUGGGUGGGAGCGGGCUCUCAUUUAGCGAUCGGACAAGGUAAUGGACUUGUAGAAAUCUAUGAUGUGGUAAAGCGGAAAUGUAUUCGCACCCUUUCAGGUCACACAGAUCGCGUCGCAUGCCUUUCUUGGAACAAUCAUAUUUUAUCUUCUGGCAGCCGAGAUCGCUCAAUUCUGCAUCGAGAUGUUCGUGCUCCCGAACCGUAUUUUGAGCAGGUACGCACUCAUUCGCAGGAAAUUUGCGGGUUAAAAUGGAACGUCGAGGAAAACAAACUGGCUUCAGGAGGGAAUGAUAACAAGAUCUAUGUUUAUGAUGGAACUUUAAGAACUCCAAUCUUGAAGUUGGAUGAACACACUGCUGCAGUGAAAGCGUUGGCUUGGUCUCCGCACCGCCGAGGAAUUUUGGCCAGUGGAGGGGGUACAGCUGAUAAGAAGCUAAAGAUAUGGAAUAUCAAUACGUCUGCCAAGUUGCAUGACGUGGACACUUCAUCUCAGGUUUGUAAUAUGAUUUGGUCCAAAAAUUCAGAUGAAAUAGUAACCUCACAUGGCUACUCAAAGUAUAAUUUAACUCUCUGGGACUGCGCAACAAUGGACCCGAUUGCAAUACUGAAAGGUCACAGCUUCAGAGUUCUACAUUUGACAUUGUCCUCGGAUGGAACAACGGUUGUUUCUGGAGCAGGUGAUGAGACAUUAAGAUAUUGGAAAUUGUUUGACAAGCCUAAGCCGAAAAUGCAUCCAACUUCGGUACUUAUCAAUGCCUUCAAUCAAUUAAGAUGA